AAUCCUCGGCAGACGCUUCCGGGUUCAGAUGUCCGCUCAGCCUUCGUACCGCUGGAGCGGGUGAGCGGAUUGCACGAUGGCAGGUCAUGCGGAGAGGCUGGUGGCGGUGCUGGAGUCGUACAGAGGCCGAGACAAGGUGAUCAGGACGUUGUGCUAUGGCUGCCAGCUGGUUGGUGGAUCGAUGCUGCAGAAGUCUUCGGGGAGAUCAGAAGUUGGGAGGCGCCUGUUGCUGUUGUCCGCUCAGCUCAGUCACUGCCGUACGGUCCUGCGGCUCUUUGACGACCUGGCCAUGUUCCUGUACACGAGGGACUACGGGCUGGGGACUGAGGGUGAAGCCGCCCCCCUGAGGUGCCUGUCUGUCAUUGGGAACCUCGUGGACCAACUGUACUACCCGUGUGAGCACAUCGCCUGGGCAGCCGAUGCCAAGCUGAUCGCGACCCGCUCUGAGCGGUGGUGGGUGGCCAGCACGGCCCUGUGGGGUGCCUCUCUUCUGGUGACGGUGCUCAGGUCGACCAGCGUGAUUGUGCAUCUCAUCCAGAAAAGGAAGAAGCAAGAAGGUCGACUUGAGAAGAGCAGGAUGCCAUCCCUGGAGAGGCUUGUGCAGGAGGAGAUACUGAAUGUCCUGAGUAGUGCCGCUGAUCUUGCUAAUGCCAUACACUGGAUGCCCCCUGGCUUUCUGUGGGGAGGGCAGUUCCCUGAUUGGCUGGUGGGACUCCUGGGCACCUUCUCUUCCCUGAUUGGCCUGCACCAGAUGUGUAACAAGGGCAGUGGAGGAAACGUCUAAAGCCGUGUCCAUUGCAGACCACUGUAGUGGUCCAUAAUGUGACAUGCCAGCCGUGUCACAGUACUUGUGCCUGGCUACAGCGAGACACACAUGGGCACCAGUUGGGCACGGCUGGAGCAUGUCCUUUAAAUGUACCCUCACAUCCAGCCUGGGGUCUGCUGUGGAGGACACGAGCGUGUUUCCACCACAUGAACCUCCUGAGCCAUUUUGCCCACCUUGAUAACCCGGGCCUGCUAUUUUUGUGUCACACGUUUACAGGUCAAAUACAAAGCCCAGACUUUACAAAACGUACAGACGUGCCAAUGCAGGUCUGCUUAAAAACACAGCACGGAGCAGAAGGAGCCUCCCAGUGUCUGCCCAUUAGUGUCCUCACUGAGCAUCAAUGGGGGUCCUCAGUCAGCCCUGGAGACCUCCGCCCGCUGCUGGUCAUUCAACAGUACGGGUCUGUGCCGCCAUCGGAGUCUCUUCAUCCUUUGAGUCGAUGGCUCCCAGCAUCUUAGGGGUCUUUCAAUGGACAGGAGGACCUCAAGGAGACACCAGAAUGGACUCGGCAGUAAUGGAUCAUAAUUAGCGUAUUACUGCAGGCAGCACAACUCUAAUCAGAAAGUGAUGAAGCAGAGCAGACCUGGCAGGCCACAGCUUUGGUGUUGUAGCAAAAUGGGGGAAGCAGACCUCAAAGUUCACAAAAACCUGAGCUGCCAGUUAUGAAUGUGCUGCACAUAAUGCCAAGAGGGGGUGCAGGCCCCAAAAUACACUGCAGGCCAGACUGGCAUCUCGCUAGCUUGCCCCACCAUAGACCUUACCCCAGGCAGCCAGACCCCCGACUUUAACAUGACUUUAAAAGUGCAAAAAUACUCUGAAAUGUCCUUCAUGGGACGAGAAUAAUAAUAACAGAACAACACUUGAGGCUGAAGGGACUUAAAAAGGCGCAUUUGAUAUGAAAAAAAAAAA